AUGCAAUUUGAUGAAAAUGGAAAAGCUGUUAAACAAUACAUUGGAGAAGGUGAAAAUGGUCCAAUUAAUUCAUACCGUUAUAAUCCAUAUUCUUAUUUCAAUGAAGAAUUAAAUGCUAUUGAAGAGGGACCGGAUGGAUUACCACGAUAUGUUAAUCAGUUUGAUGGUCAAUAUGCAAAUAUUAGACCUGAAAUUCCAGCUAAGAAAUUCUUUAAAGUUGCUUUAUUCGAUCCAGUGUUCAAUGAACAGAAAGAAGCAAUGAAAGCAGAAUUUAAACCAAUUCAAGUGGCAAGAAUUUCUUCAUCUUCACUUUCAGAAGCGUUCAAGGAAUUGAUAAAGAAACCACUUUAUUCUCAACAAGGUUAUAACUUUGAUUUAAUUAAAGAAAGUGAUAGACGUAAAUUAGAAAAAUCAGAUGGUUUUAAGAAUGCAUGUAAUGAAAUGAUUAAAGAUAUUGUAAAUGAUAAAAUAAGACUGGAAGAAACUCAAAGCAAUAUCAAUAACAUAAUUGGUGCAGUUACAAAGAAAGUAUAA